GUGGUAGCCAAAAAGGUAAUGCUUCCAUUUCUACUACCUCACUGAACUUCUUGUGUUGUUUCUUCUUCAACUUUUUAAAAAUUUCAUUAAAAUUGCAGAAAAACUUAUCGAAAUUGAUGAAUUUGAAGAUAUAGCAUCUGGGUUUAGCUUCUUUUAGCUUGAAGUAUUGUAAAAAUUACAUCUUCAAAGCUAUAAAAAUACUUUCAUGGCGUCUUCAAUACUGAGUGGAUCUGAUAAUUUCAAGCUUCUUAGUGGAAUUUCUCCAUCUGGCUCAUCAUUUCUUGGGUCAGAACUGAAUCUAAAGUGUUUACCCCAAAAGGGUUUUGUUAAUUUGAGAGCAACAAGAACUCUAAGACCCACCAAAUGCAGUUUGUCUGCUUCAAGGCCAGCUUCUCAACCAAGAUUCAUACAACACAAAAAAGAGGCAUUUUGGUUCUACAGGUUCUUGUCUAUUGUGUAUGACCAUGUCAUAAAUCCUGGGCAUUGGACUGAAGAUAUGAGAGAUGAAGCACUUGAACCUGCUGAGCUACACGCAAGGAAUUUGCAAGUGGUGGAUGUUGGUGGUGGAACUGGAUUUACUACUCUUGGGAUUGUUAAGCAUGUUGAUGCUAAAAAUGUGACUAUUAUUGAUCAAUCACCUCAUCAGCUUGCUAAGGCUAGGCAGAAGGAGCCAUUGAAAGAGUGCAAGAUACUUGAAGGAGAUGCUGAGGAUCUCCCAUUUCCUACUGAUACUUUUGAUAGAUAUAUUUCAGCUGGAAGCAUUGAGUAUUGGCCAGAUCCACAGCGUGGUAUCAAGGAAGCUUAUCGGGUACUAACCAUAGGUGGGGUUGCCUGCCUGAUUGGUCCGGUGUACCCAACAUUUUGGUUAUCUCGUUUCUUUGCAGAUGUGUGGAUGCUCUUUCCAAAAGAAGAAGAAUAUAUAGAAUGGUUUAAGAAGGCCGGUUUCACACAAGUUAAGCUGAAGCGGAUUGGCCCAAAAUGGUAUCGUGGUGUCCGCCGACACGGGUUGAUCAUGGGCUGCUCUGUGACUGGAGUGAAGCCAUAUGCUGGGGAAUCACCAUUGCAGCUCGGUCCCAAGGUUGAGGAUGUGAGCAAGCCUGUGAACCCUUUUGUAUUUCUCAUGCGAUUCCUGCUUGGCAUAAUGGCUGCAAGUUACUACGUGCUCGUUCCAAUAUACAUGUGGAUUAAGGAUCAAAUCGUUCCGAAAGGUCAGCCCAUCUGAAUAAUAAGGACAACUUAUCAAUCCAAGAGAAGUUCUCCACCAGUGACCACAACUCUGUUGUGGACCAACAAUGUUUUUGGCAUCAUCGAACUUUAGUCUGUUAGUUUUUCAGCCCUAGCUUGUAAAUUUUAUUUUCAUGGUAAAACCUAGAAAAAUCUGUGACAUUUUCUAGUUGGAUAAUCUAUCAGUCAUGUUUUCUAAUCACACAACUCAUUGAAAUAAAUAGUAGUAAUGCAUCGUUUGCCAAUAUUGAGCAAGUCUUGAG